AAACACCCCAAGAAGGACAGAAGAGAAUCUAGCUCUGAUAAUAAGUUAGAACUGAGGAGGAAGAAGAAGAAGAGGAGACUCAGUUCAGUGGAAGGAAGUAAACCAACGCUCUCAGCUCUCAGGCUAUAGAGAAUGGACAAAAUCCAGCACAAGUUCAUCGACGUACGAGGACUGAAGCUCCACUUUGCCGAGAUCGGAAUCGGUCCUAAGGUGGUCGUGUUCCUACACGGGUUUCCGGAGAUAUGGUACACCUGGCGCCACCAGAUGAUCGCCGUAGCAAACGCCGGGUUCCGAGCUAUCGCACCCGAUUACAGAGGGUACGGACUCUCCGAACCUCCGCCGGAACUCGAAAAGGCUGGCUUUGAUGACCUUCUCGGUGACCUGCUUGGAAUUCUCGAUGUCCUUGGACUUGCCAAGGUUUUUCUUGUUGGAAAGGAUUUUGGAGCUCGGCCUGCCUACCUAUUUUCCAUUUUUCACCCGGAGAGGGUCUUGGGAGUUCUAACAAUAGGAGUGCCUUUCAUGCCAAAGCGCUCUACAUUCCAUAUGCUCCUUCCCGAAGGCUUCUACAUUUCAAGAUGGCGGGAGCCUGGACGAGCAGAAGCGGAUUUUGGGCGCUUUGACACUAAAACAGUGGUAAGGAAGAUUUAUAUCCUAUUUUCCAGAAGUGAAGUACCAGUAGCUGCAGAAAACCAGGAGAUCAUGGAUUUGGUGGACCCAUCUACUCCUCUUCCACCUUGGUUCACAGAGGAAGAUCUCACGGCAUAUGGAGCUUUGUAUGAAAAAUCUGGAUUCCCAUCUGCGUUGCAAAUUGCAUAUAGGUCAGGUGAAAGCUUCAAAAUAACAGAUCCAACAGUGAAAGUUCCAGCACAUUUGAUAAUGGGUGGUAAGGACUAUAUCCUCAAAUUUCCAGGCAUAGAGGAUUACAUAAAGAGUGGAAAGGUUAAAGAGUUUGUACCCGAUCUAGAGAUCACAUUUUUGCCUGAAGGAACCCAUUUUGUUCCUGAGCAGUCACCUGAUGAGGUGAAUCAGCUAAUCCUCUCCUUCCUCAGCAAGCAUGUUUGAUCAUCGACACUUCAGUUAAGGCUAUUGAAGCAGGUGCAGAUGCCAUUGAGGUACAAACCGGAGUCUAAAGAAAUGGUCUCCUCCGAAUAAUUACCUCAAAAUUAAUUUUGUAAAAUUCAUCACAAUGUUAUUAUUUUUUUUUUUUUGUUUAAUUGAAUAAGUAAAAGAGUUACAGGGACAUCAUAAUGUGAAUUGACAUGCACACAAUCUCGCUAAAUGGUCAGCCGGUGCUGGUAUUAGAGAAACCAUUCUCAUUUCAUUUUACUGCACCUUUUUUUUCUCGUAAAACAUUCAAUAUUUUUUUGAUUGAAAGGAUUUUUUGGUGUCUGAUGAUGAUGUUAUGCAUUCCAUCUUAAUAAAUAUAUUUUUUUUUUCUUUUAACAUGUCUACAUGAGAGGAUUGAGGAGGUAAAAGAAAGAGCGGGAUUCGAUCUAGUGACCUGCUUUAUAAGGCAUAGUGUUCAACCAAUUAAAUUACCUUUGGAGACGAAAUCACUAAGAAUUGAGAUUAACGAAAAUCAAGAUACAAGUACAAUUAAAAUUUGUAAAGAAUCCAAACCAUAUUAUAAACAUAAAAUGAUACUUGACCUAGGGUGCGUUUGGGAUUGCGAUUUUGCAAGAAUAAUCUGUAUUUUUAAAAGAUAUUGCAAAACGUAAGGCGUUUGACAUUGUGAUUUAAAAAACACUUAAUUUAAAAUAAUAAGAAGAAAAAAUCUGCGUUUUUUAUUAGCAAGCUAGGAAGUGCUUAUUUUAAAAGUGUCAAUUUAAACCAAAAUCACGAUUUCGCAUAAUAAAUAUUUGAUAUAUAACAAAUAAAAAUAAAUAAAUAAAUAACUUUUUAACAUGUUUUAUCAAACGCUUUUACGAUUAUAAAAUAUAGCGAUUUAAAAAACACAAUUCUUAAAAUCGUACUUAUUAAAACCGCAAUUUCAAACAAACCUUAAUCAUCGGAGCAAUAAGCUAUAAAAUAUGGUAAUGCUAAGGCUAAACUUUAGAGUUUAUUAUGUAAAAUCCAUCCUUUCAAAUUUUCCAAAUCUCCACCUCUUUCUUCCACCAAAUUUAUUCUUAAAAAUAUCUUCCAAAAACAAUAUUCUAAA